UCACGGGAUCCCGUGCGAGCCCGUGGAUGCCGACGCGCGCCUUGCGAGCGCACACCCAGUCCGGCGGUGCCUGGGAUUGGGUGGAGGGGGUGGUGGCUGCAGCGGACGCAGGGUCGGGAUUGGUGGAGUUCACCGCCAAACUUGUUGACUCAUAACCGCGCAGCUCUCCAUCCUUCACGGCGCGGAGCUGUCCGGGGUCCAGUGGUGCUGAAACUCUCACCUCCCGACGCGCCAUAGGAACUAUCUCCUCUUUUUUUCUUCUUCUUCGCGGUGUCGUUGCUCUCAACGAGCUUGUUAAAAGUUGUAUGCUCUCUCUGUGCGACACGUCCAGACGACUCGUUUAAGCGUCACCGCUCUCGCCAAGAGCGCACCAAGCCCUCAACUUCUUCUUAGCCGCUCACAGAGAGGAGUCUCCGAGGCGCAGCCAUGUCUUUCAUGGUGAAACACAUGGUGGGGGGGCAGCUGAAGAACCUGACGGGCGGACUGACGGAGGAGAAACCCGAGGCUGAGAAGACAGAUGCCGCCGCGCAGGGGAUGACCCAGGAGGAAUUUGAACAAUAUCAGCAACAGUUAGAGGAGGAAAAACAGGAACGAGAAGCAAACUUUGCUCAGAAGAAAGCUGAGAGAGCUACAGUUAGAACUCAUUUCCGGGAAAAGUACCGGUUACCAAAGAACGAGUUGGAUGAGACCCAGAUCCAGCAGGCGGGGGAUGACGUGGAGCUGCCCACGGAGCUGGCCAAGAUGAUCGCUGAAGACAACCAGGAGGAAACGCACAAGCAGUCCGUGCUGGGCCAGCUGUCCAACAUCCAGAACGUGGACAUGGACCAGCUGAAAGACAAAGCCCAGGCCACGCUGGAGGACCUGAAAAAGCAGACGGAGAACUGCAGCCUCAUGUGAUCCUGCAAAACUCUUGAGUCCCAGAAGAUUAGAGUUUGACUUGUACAAAUAUUUUUCAGAGGCAGAGCUGCUCUAGAGAUAGAAAUAUUCUUGUUGCUUCAGUGGAAUGUCAGUUGGCAGAGCCACAUAAUAACAGUUUUUCUAGCUGUGCAAAGUUGGACAGACGCCCCCGCGGAAAAGAAAGGAAAAGCUGAUAUUUUGAAAUCUUGGGCUCAUAUUACAAACUGGAAAGAAAGUAGUUCUAGCUACGGUGUCAUCUAGGGAAUUUUCUUGUUGACCCUCAAAUCUCCUAUAAGUCAUGAAUGUCAUUCAUAUAUUUUUAUUGAAUCAGCUAGCUUGCACUCUCAAAGACUGUGGUUCUUGGGCUCCACCUAUUGAUUUAACACAUGAGACUAUUUCUGCAUUUAGAACAACUCCUCCUCUGAGAAAACUUUAUCUCGUGUAUCAAAUCCUUUCGUUCCCAAACCUCCCUCGGUGUCUGUACCUCACGUGACCUGUGAUAACACGACACGAUCCUGCAGCAGAGCGCUCAGGUAUUCGUGCAGGGUUUUGUUGCUUCCAAACACACAGCACAGCGGCCGAUUUCACUGAUGCAUUAACAACAAGAGAGAGAGACGGCACUCAUCAGUAAAAUCACACACAAGACUGACUCUGGCUUGUGUCGGGAAGUCAUAUACGUGUGUUUAGUUGGAUGUAGGAAAUUUGGUGAUUCAUUUCAGGGUGAGUAAAACAAAAGAGCCAUUUGUGGGGUUGUUUACAUUCCACGUACAAAAGCACAAAAUCUUAAAACAGGCAAUAUUCAUUUCAGAGCAACAAAUCAGGCUGAUCUUUGUUGUAAGUAGCUUACUAAUGUCGGCGCCCCGGUGCCCAGACUAAAGCUCCCUGUGAGCUGCGUUAAUCUUACUUUCAAUAUUUUGCUGAACAUAUCAUUUUACAGGCGUUUCUAGCCUUUUCCGUACUUCGGUGUGCCUCUGACGUCCGUACAAGGUUGGCGUCUUUAUAGCUUCAAGAUCUGUAAGCUACUUUUUACAAAAACAGGCCUUAUUGUUUGCUCCUCUAGGGAAUUUUUUUUAAAGUGGAAUUCAAGGCAAACAAUAUAUAGUCAGGCACAUAUGAUGUCUUACGUUUGCUGCUGUAAUUAAAUACAGCAAAAUGUGUAUUAUAACUGCGUUCCUGAAUUUAACCUGGCAGCAAUAUCAACUAUAUAAUGAGUAAAUCAGUUUUUGUGCUGCAUCCAGUAAAAAAAAAAGAAACGAAGGCUGCUCAGAUGAGAGAAGUGUAAAUGCUUUAGAAGUUGUAUGCCAGAGGAAAUGGCGUAAAUAUGUCAAACUGUGUAACCGAAGUGUGUGUUUAUGUGUAUAAAUCCACAUACAAACAUUUAUGUUGUAAAAGAUGUAAAUGUGUCUCCUGUUUGCCUAUAAUGUCAACAGCGGGUCAUCAUCCACGGCUCUCUCAUCGACUCGCUGGGUCUCGUAGUGUUGUAGACCGCCUCGUGUGACCUUUGGCCCUGUCCUCCAUCUCACCGACCCCAUGUGUCCUCGGUGGCUUCCGUUGUCGUGGUGGUGGACUUUGUGGUGUUUAGACGAUGUGAUAUGUCGAGUGGUGUCUUCGUAAAAAAAACAACCUGGUCCUGUGUGCUGAGCGUGCUGGUGGUAGUGUUACACGUGCAGCACAGUCACGGAGGUGUUCUGUCUGAGCUGUUUUCCCUGCCGACCGUGAGGCGUGACGGCGUGGGCGACUAAAGAGGGGGUGUCGUUGGUGUCGUGUUACGUUGAUAUACAUUUUUGCCAGUGUUUGAGUUUACGUAGCAGUGGUGUGGAGGGUGAUGUCAGCUGCCCCCUACAUUGAUUCCUGUUGUGGUUCAACUGCCAAAAAAUUUAUUAUAAUUUUAUUUUUUUUACAUAUUAUUUACAUAUUUUAUUUGAAAGGAAAUGUGGGGGAAAACAGAUCUUGCCUGUUUCUUCUAAAUUUGUUGGCAAUUUCCUUUCUGUAGAUGCCACACAACUGCUGAAUGAAACCUGAGGCAACCUGAUUUAGACCUUUUCAGAACAGUGGUUAUUGCCCUGUGAUAAAUAAACAGUAUAUUCAUAACAUUUGAAUAAUAUGAAGCAGAGGAAAAGUUGCAAUAAGUCCUUUUAUGAUAAACUAUCAUGUUUCAUGAUAAGACAACAUUAAUGGGUGGAGCAGAAGCCAUAAAGCAAACUGUUUGCUUUGUAUGAGUGUGUAUAACUUGAAAUAAGAAUUCAUAAACUCAAUAAUACUACUACUAAUAAUGGUGAUAUAUACAUGUACUUUUGUGCUGUCAUCAUGUGCAGUUGAUUUGUUUUUCUUUCAGGAAACGGCUGCAAAGACACGCAGUCUCUCCUCAUUCUUUGUUUAUCUGUCAUUCUCUCUCUGAAAGGAUUUCAGUGAAGUUUUAAAUGCAAUAAACAGAUUUCUAGGAUAAUGUA